AUGUCGUCGUUCGAGCCGGUUGUUGUCGUCGACGGCAAGGGCCACCUUCUGGGCCGCCUCGCCAGCAUCGUUGCCAAGCAGCUCCUCAACGGCCAGAAGGUCGUUGUCGUCCGCUGCGAGGCCCUCAACAUCUCUGGCGAGUUCUUCCGCGCUAAGCUCAAGUACCACGCCUACCUCCGCAAGAUGACCCGAUACAACCCCACCCGCGGUGGUCCCUUCCACUUCCGCGCUCCCUCCCGAAUCUUCUACAAGGCCGUCCGUGGCAUGAUCCCCCACAAGACCGCCCGUGGUGCCGCCGCUCUUGAGCGCCUCAAGGUCUUCGAGGGUGUCCCCCCGCCCUACGACAAGCAGAAGAAGAUGGUCGUCCCCCAGGCUCUCCGCGUCCUCCGCCUGCAGCCCGGCCGCAAGUACUGCACCGUCGGCCGUCUCAGCCACGAGGUCGGCUGGAAGUACCAGGAUGUCGUUGCCCGGUUGGAGGAGCGAAGAAAGGCGAAGGGCGCCGCCUACUACGAGCGCAAGCGGGUCGCCGCCCGACAACUGUCCGACGCUAAGAAGAACGCCUCUGUCAAGCCCGAGACUGCGAAGGCCCUUGCUGCCUACGGCUACUAA